AUGACAAUACUGCUCGUCGUCGGGUACGGCGGAUUCACCCACGCCGCGCCGAUCCUGGAACUAGGGCGCAUCCUCGCAGCACGCGGGCACCGGAUCGAGUUCGCGACGCACCAAGGGCAAGAGCAAUGGACGCAAGACGCAGACUACAGCUUUGUAGCGCGCACGCACACCAUGGGCGCGUCGCUGCCGCCCGCAGCCUCCGACGCGCACUACCUGCGCAUGCAGCAGUCGGACAUGCGCGUCGACGCCGACGAGUGGCUGCGCCCCAUGCACACGGUCGAGGGCUUCUGGGCGGCCGACUACGCGCACCUGACGCACGAGGUCAUCCCCGCGUGCAGGCCCGACAUCAUCGUCGCUGAUUUCUUCGUCGAUGCCGCCAGGGACGUCCAGAUCCAGUUGGGGAUUCCGAUUGCGGUUGUCUGGCCGCAGAUGCCGUAUGGCAUGCUGAACGUCUCGUAUAUCCCUGGCAUGCCGGGCUUCCAGCUCGAUGCGCUGACGAGCGAGCACGCGUCGCUGUGGACGAGACUGCGCGCUGAGUUGCGGCCGCUUGGGGCCCUGCCUGCUAUUUUUCGGUUCCUGAGGUUCACGAAGAAGAUGCGCGAUGGUGCGGGCGUGCAUUAUAUGCUCCCCGUGCUCAAUAAGCCAAACUAUUUGAUCCUUGUGAAUUCCUUCUGGGGCUUGGAGACGCCGAAGGACCUCCCGCCACUGGUUGCUGCUGUUGGACCUAUCCUCUCUGAAGAGUAUCCUCCGUUGGAGAAGAGCUUCCUUGGCUUCUACAACACGCAUAGCAGAGUCCUUUAUGUGGCGUUUGGGACGCACAUCCGCAUUCUGCCGCCGGACCUUACCAAGUUCAUUACGGCAAUAACCACGACUCUGCGUGACGGACUGAUUGACGGUGUGAUCUGGGCCGCGAACGAGACUCAGAUGGGCUUAUUCAAUCGCAGUGAAGGAGUAGUCGGCGAAGAACACACAGUAGGGGACCUUGUAGACAACAACCACCCGUCAUGGCUCUUCACACCCUUUGCGCCUCAACGCGCCAUCCUGGAGCACGAGAACACGGUGCUUUUCCUCAGUCAUGGUGGCGGCUCGAGCGCUAAUGAAGGUCUCUUCCACGGCACGCCCAUGCUCACGCUCGGCUUCUACUUCGACCAGACGCAAAACGGCAUGCGACUGACGGACGCGGACGUCGGUCUAGCUCUCGAUAAACUGGGGUUCUCGACAGAAGAAGUCAUUGACAAGAUGCGCUGGAUCCUUCGCGACGAGGGCGGCACGGUCGCGCAGAACGUGACGCGCAUGCGACACAUUGCGCGCGUCUCGGCGAGGAAGAAGCACCAUGGUGCUGAUCUUAUCGAGGAAGUCAUGUAUGACCAUCACUUUAGCCUUGAGGUGCCAGGUGCGGGCGCGUCGACGGCGGAGUUCAGUAAGCGGCGCAGGCCGAUGCAUCUCGAGACGGCGGAUAUGAGGAUGUCGGCUUGGCGCGCAAGGAAUUGGGACUUGACUUUGCUGGGAUUGCUAGGCGGCGCUUCGGUUGUGGCUGUGGUUUAUGGGAUCAGGACGCAGUGGACGCUGCUAGCCCGAGAAUUGCGGUCGUCGUUCGCGUUUGUCCAGGAGCUGCUGAGAAGGUGA